UAUGUCGCGCAUGCGUGAGAGGGGAAAAUGGCGACCAGAACGGUUCUUAGAUUUUCGGGAUCAUUUAAUCACCUUUUGGGACCUCUUCUGAGUCGUCGCAGCCCAGCUCUAACAUGUUCUGUAAACUUGAAGACAAAAGCAUAUGAAAAAGAAAAUGAGAAGCAAACAAGUCUGGUGCCAUAUAGAAGUCAGGGUACAGACGCCAAAGCACAAGUUGUACAACCAGGCCCCCGGGAUCCAUACUCCCCUCAUCAGUACCCAGAGAGCAACAUGGACUUUGUCAUGGCCAGAGCUGAUGAUCUUUUGAACUGGGGAAGAAGGACUUCUCUGUGGCCCAUGACAUUUGGUUUGGCAUGCUGUGCUGUUGAAAUGAUGCAUUUUGCAGCCCCCAGAUAUGACAUGGAUCGAUUUGGAGUUGUAUUUCGAGCUAGUCCACGCCAUGCUGAUGUUAUGAUUGUAGCUGGUACUUUAACAAACAAAAUGGCUCCUGCACUUAGGAGGGUGUAUGAUCAGAUGCCAGAUCCUCGGUGGGUAAUCUCAAUGGGUAGCUGUGCCAAUGGAGGAGGAUACUACCAUUACUCAUACUCAGUUGUCAGGGGCUGUGACAGAAUUGUUCCUGUAGAUAUUUAUGUGCCAGGUUGUCCUCCAACAGCAGAGGCCCUUUUGUAUGCAACACUACAACUACAGAAAAAGAUCAAGAGGAUGAAGAUGGUACAAACGUGGUACCGCCGCAAUUACUUCAACCCCAAGAAGAGGGACGUAUUAGAACACCCCCCAGAAGUCCCAUUCCAGAAGUUAUUCAACUUAGUGAAAACUAAGACACAGCCAAAACCGUUGGAAUGAACUUGUAAAAUAUUUCUUUGAUGUAUCAUAUUCCUUGGAUCUGCAGAGAGAGUUGUGCUGCAAAUGGCAUACAAACUAUGUGUGACAUUGUUCACUUUGUUAUUGCACAUUGAGAUGUGCUAUAAAUAUUAAAUUGUUUUAGAAUUUGA